AAUGCUCUAAGCUCUCCGCAAAAAGUCCAGUUAAGGACAACUCUGCUUCUCCAUAAUCUGCCACGGCAACAUCUGGGAGCAGUGACAAGGGCUCACGCUGCCAUCCCGAAACAGUUGCAUUUUCCAUCGACACGUUCCGUCGACUGUUCAUCUUGCCAUCGCCGGUCUGGGAUCGUUCAUGGCAAGCGCUCCGUGGCCCUAAUCUGGUCGCCUCACAAGGGCGUCUCCCCGAUAUAACGCCCUUGCCAUUAUCGCUCAUUUCAACAUGCGAUUCCUUCGCGCAGCAGCGCUUGCAGCGUUCUGUUAUACAGCAACGGCCGAUCUACUUCCUCGGACAUAUGAUACCCACGACUUUAUAGCUCUGCAUCUCGAUUCUUCAGUCUCCCCCGAACAUAUCGCGCGCGUGCUCGGUGCCCGUCACGAGGGCCAGAUUGGUGAAUUAGACGGCCAUCAUCGAUUCUCACUACCCAAGGAGAAAAGCACAGAGACAGAUGCACUACUGGAGGAUCUCCGACAGAGAAGGAUACAACGUCGACGGUCGCUCGACAAUGGUGCAGCUUUGGCUAAGAGGAACGACGGUCUGGAUGGGGUUCUCUGGUCCCAGAAGCUGGCGUUGAAGCAGCGCCUGCAGAAGAGGAUACCGCCUCCUCUGGAGCGCCGUGGCCCCUCUGUUCGGGUUGAGAGAAGUGCGCAGGCGGAUCCCAUUGCCCUUCAGACUCAGAGAGAUAUCGCCACUACUCUCGGGAUCACUGACCCCAUCUUUCAGGAUCAGUGGCAUCUCUACAAUCCUGUCCAGCUUGGCCACGAUCUCAAUGUCACCGGAGUCUGGCUCGAGGGCGUAACGGGACAAGGAGUCACCACGGCGAUCGUUGACGAUGGCUUGGACAUGUACAGCGACGACCUCAGACCCAACUACUAUCCUGGAGGUUCGUGGGACUACAAUGAUGGCACCAACGAACCGAGACCUAGACUCUUGGAUGACAAGCAUGGCACCAGGUGUGCGGGAGAAGUGGCUGCAGCCAAGAAUAAUGUGUGUGGAGUCGGAAUGGCGUACGACAGCAAGGUGGCCGGAAUCCGCAUUCUGUCUAAACCCAUCAGCGAUGCGGAUGAGGCAGCUGCUGUCAACUACGGCUAUCAGAGCAAUGACAUCUACUCCUGCUCCUGGGGCCCGCCCGACGACGGCCAAACGAUGGACGCGCCGGGAAUACUGAUCAAGAAAGCUAUGGUCAAUGGAGUUCAGCAAGGCCGUCAUGGGAAAGGUUCUAUCUUCGUCUUCGCUGCUGGUAACGGUGCGGCCAGUGAUGAUAAUUGCAACUUUGAUGGUUACACAAACAGUAUCUACAGUAUCACGGUGGGCGCCAUCGACAGAGAAGGCAAUCAUCCCAGCUAUUCCGAAUCAUGCUCUGCCCAGCUGGUAGUCGCGUACAGCAGUGGCGGCGGUGAUGCUAUUCACACUACGGAUGUCGGCGCGUCUAAGUGCUCUGUCACCCACGGCGGCACUUCAGCUGCUGGUCCGUUGGCAGCUGGUGCUGCGGCUCUGGCCCUGAGCGUCCGGCCUGACUUGACGUGGCGUGACAUGCAGUAUCUGCUGCUGGAGACGGCCGUUCCUAUCCAUGAGGACGAUCAGGGCUGGCAGGUAACCAAAAUUGGGAAGAAGUUCAGCCACGAAUGGGGAUACGGCAAGGUCGACACAUAUGCCUUGAUCCAGAAAGCGAGGGAUUGGCAGUUGGUCAAACCGCAAGCCUGGUACCACUCUCCCUGGUUGAGAGUGGAGCACGAAAUCCCGCAAGGCGAACAGGGCCUUGUUAGUUCUUUCGAGAUCACGGAGGAUGUCAUCACGAAGGCCAACAUUGGAAGACUCGAGCAUGUCACUGUGACCAUGAACGUCAACCACACCCGUCGUGGAGACCUCAGCGUUGAGCUGCAUAGCCCCGAGGGUAUUGUUAGCCACCUGAGUACGCCUCGGAGACUCGAUAGUGCCAGCGUCGGUUAUGUCGACUGGACUUUUAUGUCUGUUGCUCACUGGGGAGAAUCUGGCAUCGGCCGCUGGUCUGUGAUUGUUAAAGACACGAAUGUUAAUGAAUUCACUGGUGUUUUUGUAGACUGGAGAAUCAAUCUCUGGGGAGAAGCUCGUGAUGAAUCGAACCAGCCACUUCAUCCUCUUCCAGACGAGCAUGACGACGAUCAUAAUAUCGAGGAUGCGGUCGUGGCAACGACAACUGUUGAUCCGGUCACGCAGCCGACUGAGCCGCCUAGUCUUCCUACGGAUCACGUUGACCGUCCGGUGAAUGCGAAGCCUUCGUCUGUUGAGGCAGUGCCGACAACUACUGCAGCCCCCGACUCAGCCGCGACGCCCACUGAGACUGUAUCGGAUAGCUUCCUGCCGUCUUUCUUCCCAACAUUUGGAGCUUCCAAACGCACGCAGGUCUGGAUAUACGCCUCCCUGGGAUUGAUCGUCAUCUUCUGCGCCGCUCUAGGCACCUAUUUCUACGUCCAGCGACGAAAGCGUCUCCGCAACAACCCUCGGGAUGACUAUGAGUUCGAAAUGAUCGAGGAGGAUGAUGAUAACCAAGCGCUGACCGGAGGAUCUGGUGCUAAGAGACGUCGCGGCGGCGAGCUGUAUAAUGCGUUCGCUGGCGAGAGUGACGAGGAACUGCUAAGCGACGAUGGGGAUGAAGGGCCAUACCGAGACCGUACCGCCAGCGAUGAGGAUCUCGACGAAAAGCACAAAGCAGGUCCCGAAAGGACAUGAGGAAUAUUUUGUCUGUCAUUUGUAUUGUAGCGGCAUUCCUCUAUGGAUUCUCCCUUUUUGGUUUUGUCUCAUUCGUCUAUUGAUCGAGAUUCCCGGCGUAUAUCUAGUGCAUCAAUACGGUUUCUAAGGAAAACCGGCCAAUCUAUAUAUAUUAUAGACUUAAUCUUAUAGAACUAGUAGCCAUGUCAAAUAUUGGAGUUUCGGUCCUCCGUAGCUUUCUUGGUGAUCAG